AGCCCCAUAAAUAGCACAAAACUCAGAGAGACAGACACACACACACACAGAGAGAGAGAGAGAGUCAUGGAAUUCUCUUGCAAAGCCUUCAAGGUCGGAAAAUGUGAAGGGCAAAAGGUGGUGGAUGGCGAAACCAUGCCACUACUGCUACAAGCGCCAGAACCCAACAAGACAGGCUUGGAUUCCCUUCUCUCUGAUCUCAAAGAAAACAAGGAGUGGUUUGAGCAGAUGAUCAUCAAGAACAGUGCUGUCCUCCUCCGAGGCUACAAUCUUACCAACGCCGAGGAUUUCAAUGAGAUCGUAGAAGCCUUCGGCUGGGAAGAGAUUCCUUAUGUUGGACCCGCCCCAAGGACACAUGUUCAUAAACGUGUAUGGACGGCCAACGAGGGACCUCUCUCCGAGUUCAUAUACUUCCACCAUGAGAUGGUUUUGAUCAAUGAAUCUCCGAAGAAAGUAGCUUUUUUCUGUGAGAUACCACCCCCUGAAGGUGGAGAGACGCCCUUUGUUCCAAGCUUCCGUGUAACAGAAAGGAUGCUGGAGGAGUUCCCGGAAGCCGUGCGGGAAAUGGAGGAGAAAGGGUUAAAAUACACACUCACGGCCCUUAGCAGGAGCGAUACAUCCUCCAUGAGGGGCAGAGGCUGGGAGGAUGCUUUUGGGACAUCGGAUCGCGCAGAAGCUGAGAGAAGGGCUAAUGCUGUAGGGAUGGACAUGGAGUGGCUACCAAAUGGUGCGGUGAAGACAAUAUUGGGGCCGCGAAGUCUGACAAGGGUGUUUGAUGGAAGCAAAGGAAGGAGGAUGUGGUUCAACACGUUAGUGGGGAUGCAUGGGAAGGAGCAUAGCUCAGCCAUGAUGGCAGACGGAACAGAGAUACCAGAUAAUGUGGUAAAGAGAUGCGGAGAAAUCAUUGAAGAAGAGAGCAUCCAAUUCAAAUGGGAGAAGGGUGAUGUUAUCUUCUUUGAUAACAUGGCUUUGCUUCAUGGAAGAAGGCCUUCCCUUCCUCCCAGAAGAGUCUUGGUUACCAUAUUCAAGUAGGUUCAAGUCACUUUGAGACCCUAUCAAUAAUGGCUACUACUUCGUUACAGCCUCUAAUUUUAGUUUUCAAGAUUAUACAACUCAUUAUCCGAUCUUUGUUCUAAUGCUAUCUGGUUGUUUGUUGAGUGUGAGCCCUCAAAACAAUAUCAAAAUAAUAAUACUUGGUAGUCUCUGGUUUCAUC